CUACGGCAACACUAACUGGAAUGUCUAGGCAACUCUGCUUAAUUGUGUAGAAAAUACUACUGCAGAGACAAAAAAUUUUUUCACACUACAGUACUUGAUUUGAUUUUUGUCUGCCAUUAAUUUUUUGUGAAAAAAUCUUAUAAUGGCAUAGGAUGAUAAAGCAGCAGACUAACAAAUAAAAGGGAUAUAUACAAACGAGGCCAAAACAAGGAUUCUUUUCGUCAAAGACCAAAAAGGAAAUAUAAUCCAGGGGUAGUGAAAACAAUUUUAAACUACAUACAUACAGAUAUUGUUUAAAAAAAGUGAAAACAAUCAGCAAAUUUUCAAAUCUUCUAAAGACACUUGCUGUUUGCAUCAUAUUUUUGGAAAUAAAGGCGGCGACAUAUUGUUUUGUUUUUGUGAAAAAAGCAUCAAAAUAAUUACAAUAAUUACAUCAACCACUAAAUAAAAAAUAAAAAACAAAAAAAAAAAAAGAGUUAUAUCAAAAUAAAAAAACAAUAAUAUUAUUUCACAAAACAAACAAAAUAUUGCAAAUAUUUCGUGAUUAUUUUAAUAAAAAUACCAAAAAAGUUUUAAAUAAAACAACUUCAUAAUACAUAUAUUAACAAUUUAUAUAGAAAACUAAAGAAAACUAAGAAUAUAUAUAUAAAAUUGUUUAAAAUAAUUAAAAAUAAACACCAACCAACAGAUCAACAAACCAAAAAAAAAAUAUAACGAAUAUUCAUUCUUGUUUUUUGAUUUCAAUUAAAAAAAGACAACUAAGAGUUGAAAUCAGCAAAUCGCAUAAAACGAAGAACUACAAAAAAUAAAAUAAUACGUACAUAUAUUAAUUUUGAGUGGCUUUUGGCGGAUGAUCAAUUCAUAUAAUCCUUUUUCAAUACAAAUAAAAAGACAACCGAUUCUCGAAGAAAAAACUACAAUAAAAACCCGAAGACUUGCUUUUAAAUAAAUUGCAUUAGAUUAUGUUUUAUGCCAUUUAAACAAAACAAUAAUAAAAAAAUAUAUAAAGAAAUACUAAGGCCAUAUUAAAAUUAACAUUCUAUAUAUCAAACAAAACAAAAAUAUUAUAGCGGGGAAAAAUUCACCCUUUCAACGUUCCUUAUUAUACAAACUAAAAUAGAAAACUUAUUAAGAAUUCCUUCAUCAAUCGUAUCUAUCACCUUGUGGUUUUAUUCAAGCACGGUUUAAGAGGUUUUAUAUAUGGCAACUCUCGAGGAUUUCGCACCUAGCAUAUUAAAUAGCUCCGCCUCCAAUUCCUCUUCUACUAUAACUACCAUUGCCACCACUAAUAGCUGCACUUCUGCUACCAACUCUUUUGAAUCCUCUUUACCGCCUAAUACCAAAGCAUUAGAAACCGCUUCUAAUUGCAGUGCUUCCACUGUGGAUUCAAUUGUUGAUAAACUCGUCAAUUCAUUGGACUUGAACGACCCUCUUCUGGCAAGCAACGGUAUUGCAAAGGACUUAAGAAGCGUUUCGUCGCGUUCUUCUUCGGUUGCUGGCAGCUUAAUAUUGGGCAGCUUCGGAGGGGGCAAUAUGUUUAGUGAGGUGUUCGAAAGUAACAUUGGUACUGAGUUGGAGUCUGGUUCUUUAGAGGACUCGUCUGGUUCGUUGGGAGAAGGCGGAGUUGAUAAAAAUUGCAAGAUUUGCAGUUCCCGCUUGCAGUCGCCUCGUGUCCUAUCAUGUCUUCACGUCUUCUGUGAAUCUUGUCUGUCCAAGUUGCUUAACGACGAAUCAUCAGGCAAUGUUUCAUCAUCGUCUUCUAUUUCUUCUGUUGCCGGAGAUAACAUUUCUACAUGUUCUGCAAAAUUGCAAAUUGAAUGCCCUACUUGCAAGCAAAUUACUACGGUUGGUUCUAAGGGUAUACAAUCAUUGACAUGCGAUUAUAUUUUAACCAAUAUUUUGGAUUUGGCUACGAUCGAAUCGGAACAGCUGCAUUGCACUUCAUGCAAAAGUAAAGAAAAUGCUAUUUCUCGCUGCAAUGAUUGCGCCAAUUUCUUGUGCAGUGGCUGCGACAAUGCUCACAAGUAUAUGAGAUGUUUUGAGAACCAUGGAGUUGUUAAACUAGAAGAUUUGCAGAAGUCGGCCGAUAGUGAUAAGCCAUUGGUCAUACACAAGCCACUUUAUUGUAAUGUUCAUGUAUCGGAGAAUCUCAAGUACUACUGUUUCAAUUGUCAAAUUCCGGUAUGCAAUGACUGUUUGAUUGCUGACCACAAGGGUAGUGAACAUCAUUAUGAUAUUAUUGGAUCUGCUGAGAAAUCGGUGCGUGGUGACGUUGAAAAUUUAAUGAAGGAGGCCAAAUCUAAGGUGCAAUAUUGUGAUGAUGCUGCUGCUAAUUUGUCUAGUGCGUUAACUGAACUUCAAACUCAACAUGAUUCUGCCCGAGAUCUCAUUCAGGAUACCUUUGAAAAUUAUAAGAAGAUUUUGGAGAAACGUCGUGAUCAAUCAUUGAUUGAACUUGAAAAAUUGCAUUCCGAAAGGGAACUGAAAAUUAUGGAUCUAAUGCAAAAUAUUGAAAACACUAUGGGCAAAAUUGAAAACACUUGCAAGUUUACUAAUCGCGUUUUGGAACAAGCUAAUGCUGCCGAAUUUUUGUCGAUGAAAAAGUUGAUUGCCACUCAAUUUAUAAACUUGAUCAAUACUACACCCAAAUGCGAUAUUAAUUACUCAUUGACCUUUGAUACCAAAGCUGAGAAAUUUGAGCAGGUGGCACAUGAGACGUUUGGCAAGUUCCGCACUGAAUCUACUCCUCCGUCUCCGAAAGAGAGUACACCGCCACCUACUUUGCCUGGCAUGCCACCGAAUAUGAUGAGCGGCGGUCGGGGCGGCAACGGAGGUGGAAAUGUCGGAAUGAAUUGCUCAAAUAGCUCUCAAGGGCAGUUGACCAGUUCCGUAACUGCAAGCAGUCCAAUUUCUUUGCCAACUUCUAUGCAAAGUUCAUUUGAUGGCGAUUUGUAUGCAUUGGGUAAUGGUUUUAUGAUGUCAAAUGUUCUUACACCAGAUUCCCCGCCACAAGGGCAGUCAUCGGGUAUGCAUCACCAUAAUCAUCAGCUGCAACAUCAAAAUAGCACCUCUUCUCAUCACAGCGGUGUUAAUGGUUUCAAUAGCAUUGGUUCCAUUGGAUCAGGUGCUGGAAAUAAUCUCAAUAACAACAUGAACGUUUCUUCUGCAGGCCUAAAUGGACCUUUGGGUGGCCCACAGUUGGGUUCUGGUCUCAACGGUGGACCACUUAUGGGCCCCCAGGGUUUGAAUGCUUUGAACGGCACUGGACCAUCCAAUAGUCUUAACUCUCUGACCAAUCCCAUGAAUAACAGUCUUGCUGCUGGUCUAAAUGGUUCUCUCGGCGGAAAUGGAGGUGUCGGCGGUGGACCACCAAAUGGUGGCUACAACAGUAUACUCGAAUACAAUUUAUCUCGUCUUGCCAGUCUUACCGAAAAUACUCCCGAUACGCUUAACGACGCCCUAGUUGGACCGCCUGCUGUACCUUCUAAUCAAUCGCUUGUUCCCACUUCGAAUGGCCAAAACCAACACAUAACUUUAGCUGAUCUUCUCUCUGGCGAUCAACGUGCUUUCAAUAACUUGCAAGCUCUCGCUAAACUGGGUUUAAAUAACAACGAUUUUCACACAGACAUGACAAGCAAUCAGCUUUUAUCGAGUGGAGCCUCACCAACUGGAAUUGAUUGUUUAUUAUCAGAUUACUGCCUACCCACAGCGCCAUCACCAAGUCUACCCACCUUACCACCGAUGUGUCCUGGUGGCAAUGGAGGUGGUUCAGUCGACGACAUGAGCAUCACAAGUUUCCAUGCCCCACCACCACCGCAGCCCAAUACAACCAGUAUAAUAACCGGUCGCAACAAGGCCACCCCAAUGCAAAUACGCUGCAAGUUCGGCUCGUUGGGCACAUCCAAGGGACAGUUUAACUCGCCACAUGGCUUCUGCUUGGGUGUCGACGAGGAAAUUAUUGUGGCCGACACCAACAACCAUCGCAUUGAGAUAUUCGACAAGUCGGGAAAUUUGAAAUUUUACUUCGGCGUGCCCGGCAAAGAGGAGGGUCAAUUAUGGUAUCCUCGCAAAGUGGCUGUCAUGCAUACUAAUGGCAAAUUCGUAGUUUGUGAUCGUGGCAAUGAACGUUCCCGUAUGCAGAUCUUCUCCAAGAGUGGUCACUUUAUGCGUAAAAUAGCCAUCAGGUACAUUGAUAUUGUGGCCGGUUUGGCUGUAACGUCGAAAGGUCAUAUUGUUGCUGUCGACAGCGUCUCACCAACUGUUUUUGUCAUCUCUGAAGAUGGCGAAUUAGUACGCUGGUUUGAUUGCAGCGAUUACAUGCGCGAACCUUCAGAUAUUGCAAUUAGAGACAACGAUUUUUACGUUUGCGAUUUUAAAGGCCACUGUGUAGCUGUCUUCCACGAGGACGGUACAUUCCAGUAUCGCAUUGGUAAUGAAAAAGUUACUUGCUUCCCUAACGGAAUAGACAUUUCAAAUGCUGGUGAUAUAUUAAUUGGCGAUUCUCACGGCAAUCGUUUCCACGUUGCUUGCUAUUCACGUGAUGGCAUAUUGCAAUCGGAAUUUGAGUGUCCACAUGUCAAGGUAUCGCGUUGCUGCGGUUUGAAAAUAACAUCGGAAGGUUAUGUUGUUACUUUGGCUAAAAAUAACCAUCAUGUUUUAGUGCUCAACACUCUGUAUGUUCAGUGAUUACAAAAACGAAAAGCAUUAUGUGCAAGAAGCGAUUUGUUACAAUGUGGAAAAACUUUAAAUAUAAAUAAAUAUAAUCGUCAUCAGCAACAACAACAACCGCUACCACAACAUCAGCAGCAAAAUUUAAUUCAAAAACAGCAAUUACCGCAAUCCCAGUCACAGUCACAGUCGCAACUACAGUUGAAAACAAUUCAGCAAAAUAAAGUUUUUUCUACAACCUCCAAUGCGGUUGUUGGUAAAAAAUUAAACUUAACAUCGUUAUCAACAGCGAGAGAAAUAUCAUCAGUAGCAGCAGCAACAGCAGCAGGAGUGUCAGCAACAGAUUUAGCAGCAAUGAAUUUCAAUUUGCCUUUAAUUAGCAAGCAGCUUUAUAAUGAAAAUGGUGAUAAUAUUGAACAAAACAAAUUACAUUUUAUAGAUUAUGAUGAAAUUUAAGGCAAUAAUAUUUUGUAUUAUUUUCAUUAUCUUUUAUUACAAUUAUUAAUAUAAAAUGAGAAGAAAACUAAAACAAAAACUAUAAACACAUAAUAUAUAACAACGCCUCCAAAGAUACGACGAAAUUUUGAAUUUACGCCGCCAAAAGCCAAAAAAAUCAUAUUUUUUUUAAACACCUCUUCUUAACUAUUAUAACUACUACAACAACUAUUACUACUUUUAUUAUAAAUUAUUAUAUUCUACAUCGUUUUACACUUUACACUUUUUUAAAUGUAGUUACAAAUAUUAACAACAAACAAAAGGCCGUUUUUAUAUACAACAAUAUUAUAGCUUAUAUACAUAUAUGCAUAUAUACCUAUAUACCUAUAUAUAUAUACAUACAUACAUAUAU